AGCGAUUUUGGCUCAAGGAGCCACUUUUCCCUUGAGAGGGUGGGCCGCGCGCACUUGAAAGGGGCACAGCGCGGCCGAGCCGGGAUGGCGGCGGAGUCCAUGGCGACCAAGGCCGGGGCGUGGGUCUUCGGCGCAGUCGCCACGGUGAAGGCGACCAAGGCUGGUCAGCGAGGGCUCUUCAGCAAAAUCGUUUUGAUGAUCGCGACCCGCCAGCUGAAGGCGACCAUGGCCGUGAAGCGGCGUUCUUCGGCAAGGCCGUCAUGGCGGAGAUGACGGGGCAGAAUUCAAGGAGAUGCCCAGCAAGGCCUUGAGCGCUCUCGCAUGCGCCCGCCACAUUAAUUUCGUCUAUGUUGUUGCUCUCGUCUUCUCGAUCCGCGAUUCUCCCGUAGACGGGCUAAAGGCGAUGCAGGCAACGGCGAUGUAGGUUUCGGUCUUGUGGGAAGGCGUGGCUCGCGCUUUCCUGCACUCCGUUGUGUCGUGCUCGCUCGAUCCACUCGCAGGAAGCUGUGGAGCGUGAGCUCCUACACUUUUGGCCCCCGACACCACCGUCAGGCCACACCGCCGCGAGCCCGGCCUUGGCCGUCAUCGUGAUCGUCCUCUUGGCUCAAGCCGAGUCGGGCUGCGCCGUCUGGCGCACGUACUACGCUGCUCGCCCCGGCGCCCGCGCACGCAGCAGGCCCGCUUCUCCUCCGGGGCUCCCCUUCUGCGGCGAGGAACAGGAGGGGGAGGGGGUCUGGGUCCUCCGCCCUCCCCGACCCGCGGGCGGCCAUGGGCAGCGCCCCGUCAGCGGGCCGCGGGCGGCCGCCCGCCGGGGCGCCGAGCGGAGGCCGAGCGGGGGGCGGCGGGCGGAGGCCGAGGGCAGCGCGCCCCAGCGCCUGUUCGUGGGCUGCAACUGGAAGGGCUGCGUGCAGGACCUGGAGUCCGCGAUCCGCCUGGUCAAGGACGUGAAUGCCAGGUGGGACAAGCAGGCGUUGUCGGACGUCGAGCUGUGCGUGUUUCCGCCGUACGUGCUCAUUGAUCCCGUGCGGAGGGAGCUCGACCAGGCGCUCACAGUCGGGGGACAGAACGUGUGGGAGGCGAACGACGCAGCCAGCCUUAGCACUGGAAGCGUCUCCGCAAAGAUGCUCGCAGGAGUUGGCUGCAAGUGGGUUCUGCUGGGACAUGCCGACAGGCGUCACGUCCUGGGCGAGACUGAUGAGCUCAUCGCGGCGAAGGUGGCUAAGUGUCUGGAGGUUGGCCUCCACGUCAACCUGACUGUCGGUGAUACCGCCGAGGCCCGCGAGGCGGGCAAGGCAGACGAAAGCCUCGUUGGCCAGCUCAGCGCAGCAGCUGCGGGGAUCUCCAAAGACUCCUGGGGCAAGCUCUGUGUCGCCUACGAGCCCGUUUGGGCCGUGGGUGAUGGCGCGCAGCCUUGCAGCCCUGAGGAGGCGCAGCGGGUCUUGGCAAUGCUGCGAUGCUGGGUUGCCGACAAUGUGGGUAAGGCUGCAGCGCAGGCUGUGAGGAUGGCUUACACUGGCUCGGUCAACGAGGCGAACGCGGCAUCUUACGCCGCUCUGGCCGACAACAACGGUUUUGUGGUCGGUCGGGCCGGGCUCGAUGCGGGCAAGCUCUUGAACAUAUGUUCUGCGCUCGCUGAGGGCAAAGUGACUGCGAGCGACAAACUGCUCGGGUCUUGAUUAUCCUUUUUUCCCUGCAUGUAACGGGCUCGCGGGCCUUUGCUCGUCAGCGCAAGUUUUCGGAUAAGGAGCGCAUGCUCUCGUAUGCCGCAGUCCGUGUGGCACGCCGCUUCCCUGAUUGCCUCCUCAUGCUCCUUCUCCAUCGGCUCGCGGUGGUGCUGGCUCAAGAGGCAAAAGAGCAUGCGCUCCCAACUGUGAGCAUCACCGACCGCCUCUCGAGCCUACCAGAAUGAGCACUUUGUCCUGCGGCGCUGCCUCUCGAAGACGCCUUCCGAGAGUGGCCGCCGCUCCCUGUUCGUGUGGACAGGCAGAGCGCUGGGGGCCGAUGGUCUGCGCAGAAGACGCUUCGGGAAGCAUCUCGAAUCGGCUCCCAAAGAGAGACCCUCGGAG